CAGGGCUCUCCCUCUACCCAUUCAGACAAAACAGCAAGUAAAAGAAAAGUAAUGGAAUAUGCUGCCUCACGUAUUUUCACCUACAAGAAGAUGUGUGCUUCGGAAACCUCGUUUACUAUUAUACAUUUCAUUAUUUUUCUGCAAAAACAAAAAUGUACGCUGCGUACUCUACCGCCACGUCUUCUUCAUAGCCAUAGCCGAGGGUAUCAAUCCCAAAGUAGAUAAUAGCCGCGACAUAGCCUCCUCAUCCAAAACACCUCUCUUUGUCUGUUCCCUCUAUUUGAAUAUCAGGCUACGGCUGAGAUAUAAAAAGACUCUCUGAAAACUCAUCCUUUCUUAUCCUACAAGCAACUCUCUCCCCCCAUCUCAGCAUCCACCAUGGGCCUCACACUCGACCCAGACUACGCCGCGGCUAGCGCCGAGCAAACCGCCAUGGCCCUCGCCGGCCCAAGACCAGCAGACCACGAUGUCGCUCUCCGAAGACAGCUCUUCUCCAUCCUCGAAGCAGCCCCUACCCCAGAGAGCAUCCCGCCCAACGUGGCCUACGAGAUCUUACACACUGAGACUCCGGACGGCUACAAGCUCCCCAUCUACCAUGUCUGGAAUAAAACAGCCAAGCAUGAUGCUGCUAACCCUUCUCCCGCCGUUCUCCACGCCCACGCCGGCGGCAUGAUCCUCCUGACUCCUGUCAUCGCUCUUCCUCUGCUGUUCCAAUACGUUGCGGCCACGGGCAUCCCCAUCUUCUCGGUUGACUACCGCCUUGCGCCAGAGCACCCGUACCCUACACCUCCAGAGGACUGCUGGACAGGCUUAACAUGGCUCAUUGCCAAUGCGGCCAAAUACACCAUUGAUACGGCCCGCAUUGCCGUCAUGGGCGAAAGUGCCGGUGCUGGUCUCGCGGCUGCGCUCACGCUCAUGGCUCGUGAUAGAGGGCUCAGUCCUCCUAUUGCGCGACAGAUUCUAGCUUUCCCUAUGCUAGACGACAGAAACAAGGAGAAGCUCCCUGAAAGUGUUAAAUUCACCCUGUGGUCUGAAAGUGACAACCUCACGGGUUGGACGGCAUAUCUUGGUGACAAACUUGGCACCAAUAACGUCCCCAUCUAUGCUGCACCUGCGCGCGUAACCGACGUCACUGGGCUUCCUCCACUGUAUGUAGACAUUGGUCAGAUUGAUCUUUUUGUCAAAGAAACCUCGCGCUACGUAAAUAAGUUUAUUGAGGCUGAUAUCGAGGUCGAAUUCCACGUGUAUCCCGGCCUGCCUCACGGUUGGGGCGCGGCUCUGACUUACACGGGCCCAGCAACCAAGGCAUAUGUGGAGAAUCGCAUUGCUCAGCUCAAGAAGCUCUGAUUUGGGAAAUUCAAAUACAAGUAU